AUGUGGGAAAGGGUUAAGGAAGGGGACCCGAUUUCACCUUUCUUAUUUGUGGUGGUUAUGGAAGCUUUGUCGUGUCUUAUCGAUAAGGCCGGUGAGGUUGGUGUGUUUUCAGGUAUCGAGUUGCCAAAUGACGGGCCUGUGCUAUCUCAUUUAUUUUUUGUGGACGACACGCUUAUUAUAGGGAUAUGGAACGUGGAGAAUGCUACGAAUGUUGUUCGCAUCCUGAGGUGUUUUUAUGCUUGUUCUGGUCUGAAGAUUAACCUUGGUAAAUCUAAUCUGUAUGGUUUGGGGGGUUAG